AUGGUAUGGGGGCUACUGGUGGGGGCUAGCUACAAAGGUUGUGAGGUGAGAGGCAGUUGUGAUGUAGAGAGGCUAUUGGUGAGGGGUUGGGCUGUAAGAGCUGCUAGUGAGGGGCUGGCUAUAAGGGUUGUGAGUGAGGGGUUAGGCUGUAAGGGCUAUAAGUUGAGGGGCUACUUGCGAUGUGAAGGGGCAACUGGUGAGGGGAUGGUUGUAAGGGCUAAGAGGGAGGCUGCUUGGUUUGGGGUAAGGGAGCUUUACAAGGGAGAUGGUGUGUAA